CAAACAACACGGCAGUUUGAGAAAUCAACCAUGACUCGAACAGACAGCUUCAUCGCAGGGCGUAUUGUUUACGCUUGUCUUUAAAAUCCGCCACCCUUUACACAUACCACUUUUGUGCAGACGGUUAAAACCGAGCAGUUUAUCUCCACCCCCCCUGCCCGUGAGACCUCCGCCGGGACAGAGACGUUUUUCUGUUCAAUAAUAUACAGUCAAGCGGAUGAGCGCUUCCGCUUUGGCUGCAGCCGUCCUGUCACAGCGGCAGUAUGAACAACAAGAAAUGUAGCACUUUAUUUCAGAAACCAAGAGGACGGACGACGAUUAUACAAUGUAUCUGUGUGGUGGGCUUCAUGGACUUGUUUGGGGUGAGCAUGAUCAUCCCGCUUCUGAGCCAUCAUGUGAAAGCUCUUGGAGCAAGUCCCACUGUGGCUGGUAUUGUAGGAGCUACAUAUGGGAUCUUACAGCUCUUCUCAAGCACAAUAGUUGGCAGCUGGAGUGAUGUGGUGGGGCGGCGGUACUCUCUGCUUACUUGUCUGCUGCUGAGUGCUCUAGGCUACGGCCUGCUCGGGAUGUCCACCAGCAUCGCUUUGUUUGUCCUCGCACGGAUACCUGUCGGGCUGUUCAAGCACUCCCUGUCCAUCUGCAGAGCCCUGCUGUCAGACCUAGUGUCAGACUCAGAGCGCCCUCUGGUGAUGGGACACUUCAAUGCAGCCUCCAGUGUUGGCUUCAUCCUGGGUCCUGUGGUGGGUGGCUACCUCACGGAGCAUGAAGGCGGCUUUUAUACCUCCUGCUUUACCUGUGCAGGCAUCUUCCUUAUUAAUGCUGGACUGGUAUGGAUGCUACCAUGGAGCGAGACACUAAUUCACCGUAAUGACACUAACUCCAGCAACAACACAAGUAAAGGUUGUCAUGACAACAACUGCAGUAAGUCAGCUCACAAUGGCUGUCAUGCAAAUAGUCACCACCCAGUGUUGGCAGCAGAGACGAACUCAGGCUCCAGAGCUACAGGGAAGCACAGAGGUGGUCUCAGGUGGAGGGACGUGUCUCUGCUCCAGCCUGCCUGGAGACAGCUGUCCUCAGUGUGCUCCAAGAUCCACAUGGUGGCCUCCUCUGACAUGUGGGACCUCUUCCUGGUGCGUCUUCUGAUGGCCAUGGCUAUCAUGCUUUACUACAGUAACUUCUCUCUGGCAAUGGAGGAGCGGUUCUCACUUAAACCAAAGGUGACAGGUUAUCUGAUUAGCUAUAGCAGCACCUUAGGGGCCCUGGCUGGGUUCCUGGUGGGGCCAGUCACCCAGCUGUAUGGGAACAACAUGGCUACUCUGCUGCUUCACUCCUCAGUUCUCACCUGUUCGCUAAUUUUACUGUACGCUGCUGCACCUAGUGUGUGGCAGGUGCUGCUCACUUCUACCUUCUUUGCCAUUUCCACCAGUAUUGGACGGACAUGUAUCACAGACCUGGAGCUGCAGAGAGGAGGGGUCCAGGCCAGUGGGACUUUGAUCGGAGCCGGGCAGUCAGUUACAGCCGUUGGUAGAGUUCUGGCUCCUCUCCUCUCUGGUCUGGCCCAGGAGUUUAGCCCUUGUGGUCCCCCAAGUCUGGGAGUGUUUCUAGCUCUUGCAGCUGUAGGUUUACUGCUCAUCAGGAUCCCAGAGUGGGACGGGAGAGGGAUGACAAAAAUAGCCAAACUCAGAAACUGAAAUGAUGAAAAUCACUGCAAAUCUAUCAUAUAGAGAAGUGCUCUUAUUUGUAGGAGGCUAGCUGUGAAGAUGAACAGCAGACUCAUAGUGGGAACGAUGUUUCCUGCUCAAAUGCCUCUGCCAAACAUAUCUGUACAGGUAUAUGUGAUGACAUCACAGGAUCAAAAUGGCUUGUCACCACCAGCACUGCAAUCCUCCUCUGAGGAAGAGUAACUUCAAACCUCAUUGAGUUGAAGUCAGGGCUGAGAAGUUUCAUCUGCUUCCGUCUAUGCUAAAGUUUGAUCAGACAGAAACAUAUGGGCCUCGUGUUGGCACCGACCACUUGGGACAGCUUGAUUGGAAACAAUGCUCACUUUUAUUUUUAAUGUCAUUCUCUAACCACUACUUUGUCCAAACUCCCCAGAGUUACUGUCUGCCUGCUGAUGAUAUACUACAAGUUAAAAUAACUUCUACUCCUUCACCAAAAUACAAGGUGAUCCUCCUUUCAUAUUCCAGGCAGUAAUGCUUCAAAUAUUCUAAAAUGAGCUGAACCUAUAGUUGCUGUGGGGAAAAUCGGGCUGCCUGACAGUCCCAAGGUAGAUUACACUGUUGUACUAUAGAAGUAGCCAAGUUGGCCAUAAUUAGUUUUACCAUUUUACCUCAAUGCCAGUAGUUUAUCCUAAUGCACUGCAUCAGAAAUGGUUCCCACAGUGGUAUAUGAGCAAAUGUUUGCUCUAGUUUCUGACUCUUGAAUUUUACAGUUUGUUAAUUUAUCUUAGGAUAUGUUUAAAUAGAAAUUUAAAGAAAUAUUUAUUUUUUUUGUUUAAAGUUAAGUUUCAGCUGUAUACUGAGCACCACUGUACAUGCCAGAUUCAUGCCAAAAAGUCACAAGGAAUAAACAUUUUAUAUGCAA